AUGGUUGGUGUUGUUGUACGUACUGGACUGGUGUGCCGGGCGCCGUCCGCGUCGCAGUUGCGCGGCCGCCGGCUGGUGGAGUUGUGCUGCCACGAGCAGCAGCUGCCGUCGCGGUCGCGGCUGCCCGUCGCGGCCACCGCUAGCGCUGCCGUCGGCCGCUGCACCAGGCGCAUGCUGCGCCAGCUCUCCUGCCACGCCGGACUCGCUGUCACCAGUGAACAACUGGCCAGGUCUACCCAGUGUCGCCUCCAACGAUGGCUGUGUUCAUCAGCGGCAGCCUUGCCUCAUCCAGUACUGAGCCGCAAUCUGAUGACAUCCCCUCAGUCGUCGUCAUCCUCCUCUGGACCUGGUAGUGGUGAUACAACUAUAGGACCUGGUGCUGGGAGUGGCCCCACCAAACAAUCACCGCCACAGCCACCACCUUCAACUACUGGACAAGGUUCUGGAAAGGGAAAGGAUGGUGGGCAGCUCACUUGCCCCAAGUGUGGAGAUCCUUGCACACAUGUCGAGACUUUUGUCUCCUCAACAAGAUUCGUGAAAUGUGAAAAAUGUCAUCACUUCUUUGUUAUUUUGUCAGAAGUAGAAUCAAAGAAAACUCUGAAGGAAAAUCGUGAAGAAUAUAAAAAUGGAUUUUUCAGGAGACCGCCUCCCACGCCAAAGAAGAUCUAUGACUAUCUCAACAAGCAUGUGGUAGGCCAAGAGGAUGCAAAGAAAGUUCUCUCUGUGGCUGUGUAUAACCACUACAAGAGGAUUUACAACAACAUACCGCUGACUCAGCAGGUGCAACAAAAUCAGCAACAGCAGCAGCAACAACAGCAGCAAGUGCCACAGCAGUCGUUCACACACAGAGAUUUAAUGCAUAUCUCUGGCAUUGGACACACCUCAUCAUUUGGUGUGGGCUUUCAGCAGCCAAUGUCUCCUGACCCUGUGUCUCGAAGACCCUCCUCAAUGGCUGUAGGAAGUGAGAUUCUAGAUUGCACCACACACGAAUUACGUCUGGAGAAAAGCAAUAUCUUAUUGUUAGGUCCUACUGGAUCAGGAAAGACUUUGUUGGCUCAGACAAUUGCUCAGUGUCUUGAUGUGCCAUUUGCUAUAUGUGACUGCACUACACUAACACAAGCGGGAUAUGUUGGUGAAGACAUUGAGAGCGUUAUUGCAAAACUCUUACAAGAUGCCAACUAUAGUGUUGAACAUGCUCAAAUGGGCAUUGUGUUUCUUGAUGAAGUGGAUAAGAUAGGGGCAGUUCCUGGAAUUCAUCAGUUGAGAGAUGUUGGUGGAGAAGGUGUUCAGCAGGGAAUGCUCAAGAUACUGGAGGGAACCAUAGUAAAUGUCCCAGAGAGAAAUUCACCACGUAAAUUACGUGGAGAAACUGUCCAGGUUGACACUACAAAUAUAUUGUUUAUAGCAUCAGGUGCCUAUAAUGGACUUGAUAGAAUUAUAAGUAGGAGAAAGAAUGAAAAGUACCUAGGUUUCGGAGCUCGCAGUUCGGAAUCACCAGGCCGAAGAGCAGCUACACUUGCUGAUCAGGCAAAUCAGAGCAGUGUGUCAUCAGUGGAGGAAGACAAUGCCGAAAAGGAUGCAUUCCUGAGACAAGUGGAAGCGCGAGAUCUCAUUGAAUUUGGCAUGAUUCCGGAAUUUGUUGGUCGGUUUCCUGUUCUUGUAGCAUUCCAUUCAUUGAAUCAGGAACUUCUUGUUCGCAUACUUACGGAACCAAAAAAUGCUAUGGUUCCCCAGUACCAAAUGUUAUUCAAUAUGGACAAAGUUGAUCUAACAUUUUCUCCAGAGGCUUUAAAAUCUAUUGCAAAACUAGCCAUGGAGAAGAAAACAGGAGCACGUGGCCUGCGGUGUAUAAUGGAAAAGUUGCUUCUCGACCCAAUGUUUGAAAUACCAGGUUCAGAUGUUCUCAGUGUGCACAUUACAGAGGACGCUGUCAUUGGAAAGGGUCAUCCCAUAUACAUUCGAGGCAAACCUGUUCAACAAGUGGAGGAAGACCAGUCAGUAGAGCUAGAAGCACAUGCUGAGGCAAAGUAGUGACAUGUAAAACACUUAAGAUAAUUUUCCACACAGGACUAAAGUGGCAAUAGGCGGUUAAGUGAGGCAAAACAUUUAAUAUGAUCAUCUGUUUUCAUAGUGCUAAGAGGUUACAACUACAGUGUGCAAAAUUAUCAAGUUUUUAUUGAUAUCUCUGUAAAUAGUAUUGGAAAAUUGGUUGUUAUGUUUAUUGGAUUUUGCUCUUAGUGGUACCUGAAAGUCUGUUAGUUUGUUUGUUUUUCUCCUUGUUUGUGGUUCCUAAGGUGUGAUUGUUAGUGAGGUUCUCAGACUUGAACAUGUUGACAGGAAAUCAGUUUUUGUGUGGUCCCCAUGAACAUAACUAUUCUUGUAAUAAUAGUUGCUUCAAACUGUGUCUGUUGCUUGUAGCUUUCACGGACUACCUCCAUUUUAGUUGUUAGGAAUCGUAUGUACCGUUACAGAAAAUUCUGUGAUAAACUGUGCUGAAUCAGUUGUGUGUGUACAUGGACACACUACAUUGUUCAGAUAAGUUUAUGUUCAUCCUUACAACUGUCUUUGGUGUGAGAGAUUUUGUGUCUGAGGUUGAGUCAUGAAAUGUGUUUGUAAGAGUAUUUUGCACAGAUUGUUUAGCAGUGAGUUUGUGAUCCAUAACCAUCAAACAUGGCUAUUGUUUCAGAGGAAGCUGACGUGACUUCAGUUACAAUAGUGAUCAUGUAGGCAGUCAUUGAAAGCUCUGACAACAGCGUAAAUUUCAUUUAAAUUGUGUGUGUGUGUGUGUGUGUGUGUGUGUGUGUGUGUGUGUGUGUGUGUGUGUGUGAUGUCAUGUGGGUUUGGGUUAUAUUAACUUCUCAGAUAUGUGGUCCUUGUGGCUUGAUAAGUUUUUACUGAGUAUUAUGACAAGAAACUGUUGACAAUAACAGAUAAUUUCAUAGUUUUGAGUCAUUUUAAAGGAAUGGUGCAUAUUUCUUCCUUUGGAAUGUGUGACAUCUCAGUUCUGAACUGAAAAUGUGCUGUUGUUGAAAUAGCUUUUUCAUGUUGUUUUAAAGACAGAAGUGUACACAGACGGAAAAGAGAACUUUGCUCCCACUGUUGAGAAAUUAUGAACUUCAGAAGUUAUGUUAUUUUUGUAAUAAAACUGUUUACUAAAAA